AUGCAGUACCUUGAAUGGAACUUUCAGAAAGUUGUCCAAAGUAGAGACUUUCUAUCAAUGAAUGGGUCCACCUUGUUUGAGUUUCUGUCCAGUUCUGAAUUAGUGGUUCACAGUGAAUAUAGUCUCUUUCUUCAUGUUAAACGAUGGUUGUUAAACAAUCAAGCUCACUGCAGAAAGUGUCCACAUGCAUGCAGGCUUAUGGUGAAAAAAAAUGUCUGGGUGUAUCGUUUCAAUAUGAUGACCUCAGCCCAACUGGAACUUUUGUGUCAAGAUACUUUUAUCCAUGCAUAUGCAGACAUCUUUGAGGAAGGAUUGAUGCGGGCAUUUCAGUAUCACUCCGUACCAGCGGAUGAAUACUUUCCACCUCAUGUCAACCAUCCAGCAGACCAAGGAACUGCCACAUGUGAAGAUUGGAGCUGCCAGUUCACCCUGGAGAACUUCUCCUGUCUGGACGACUUCACAACAAGAACAUUUUUCUUCUCCACACCUGUGAGUAGCUCAGCUGCAGAUGAUCACGCAUGUUGGGAUUGGCAGGUGGAUCUUUAUCCCAAAGGUGUCCGUUUUCCCAAAGCCAUCAUGAUCGGAAUCCUGGAGAACUAUGAGAUUGACCAACACGAACAUCACAUCACACGACUUGGCGUCAUGGCCAAGUCACUCCAUGGUGAGAUCCGCUAAUGUGGAAGUGUCCAUCCUAGCCAUUGCUUCAGACAUCAGUGGCUCAGAGUACAUCAGGAAUGUUGUGAAGAAGCAGUGUAUUUUUGACUUUGAUGGCUGUCUUCAUAAUCUAGACGAUAUUGUUCCCUUUAAUGAACUGAUGGCAGCAGGAUCAGUGUAUCUCACGGAAGAGGACUGCAACACGUUUAAAAUUCUCAUCAUCAUCAAGCCAGUUCGAUGAUGUUGAUCAACUGCAUCUGCCCAUGUUUGUAUAAUGAGCUGGAGGUGCUUUUCUAGAGUGCAGUGUCAACUUAUUCAUUUCUUC